GCGGCUGCCGGGGUGAACCCUCCCCGCCGCGGCCACAACAACAGGGCGGCGCUGAGGGGCAGUCCUCCUGUGCCUGUAUGUGUGCUGCAGGAACAAUGUAGACACGAACACGUAAAUUCAGUAAAGGGAAAGAGGAGAGGAAAUCCUGCCCACUGCUGCUGAGGCAAGUUGCACUGAAUUUGCAUAACAUUGUGAACAUUUCCUUUAAUCAGAAAUCGUUUCAAUUAUGGGUCCCCGGCGGAAAAGCGUGAAGCCAAGCGCAGUGAACAGGGAAGGCUCCCAGUCCACCAAAGCUGAUGAGCCAAAGGACUAUAUGAACCAGCUCUCUCAUGAGGUGCUUUGCCACAUCUUCAGGUACCUUCCCUUGCAGGAUAUCAUGUGCAUGGAGUGCCUGUCGCGGAAGCUGAAGGAGGCGGUCACGCUGUACCUACGUGUGGUGAAGGUGGUGGAUCUGUGUGCCGGCCGCUGGUGGGAAUACAUGCCCACUGGUUUCACUGAUUCCAGUUUCCUAACGCUGCUGAGGAAGAUGCCAGACAUUGAACAACUUUAUGGUCUUCAUCCCAGGUAUCUUGAAAGACGCAGAGUCCGUGGCCAUGAAGCUUUCAGCAUUCCUGGAGUUUUAGAGGCUUUGCAGGCCUGUCCAAAUCUGCUGGGCGUUGAGACGUCUCAUUUAGAGCUGGUGGAAGCUAUUUGGACAUACAUGCCACAAGUUCAUAUUUUAGGGAAGUUUCGUAAUCGCAAUGGUGCUUUUCCAAUUCCUCCAGAGAACAAGCUGAAAAUUCCUAUAGGAGCUAAAAUUCAGACUUUGCACUUAGUAGGAGUGAAUGUCCCUGAGAUUCCUUGUAUCCCAAUGCUGAGGCACCUUUAUUUGAAGUGGGUGAGACUCAUCAAACCACAGCCUUUUAAAGAUUUCCUUUGUAUCAGCUUACGCACUUUUGUCAUGAGGAACUGUGCUGGACCCACCAAUUCUUUGAAGUAUGUUCCUCUAGUGACGGGCCUGGCUUCUGCUCGAAAUCUGGAGCAUUUAGAACUGGUUCGUGUUCCAUUUCUUGGAGGACUUAUCCAGCAUGUGGUAGAAGAUAGUUGGAGAUCAGGUGGUUUUAGGAAUUUGCACACUAUAGUUCUGGGAGCUUGCAAGAAUGCACUUGAAGUGGAUCUUGGCUACCUCAUCAUAACUGCUGCGCGAAGGUUGCAUGAAGUGCGGAUCCAGCCUUCCUUGACCAAAGAUGGUGUUUUUUCUGCUCUGAAGAUGGCUGAACUGGAAUUUCCACAGUUUGAAACUCUUCAUCUAGGAUAUGUUGAUGAGUUUUUACUACAGUGUAAAAUGACAAAUGGAGACUUGGUGAAGUAUGGCUUGGCUGAUGUGGUUGAAAAUCCAGGAAUUAUUACAGAUAUUGGUAUGAAAGCUGUCAAUGAAGUUUUUUCUUGCAUCAAGUACCUCGUCAUUUACAACUGCCCACAUCUACAUAACCCAAAUAAUUGGAUCACAGAUCAUUCAAGGUGGACCCGACUGGUUGACCUCACCCUGGUGCGAUGCCAUGCGAUAAAACUGGAUUCUUUUAGUCAGUUCAUUGAGUUGUUGCCAAGCUUAGAAUUUAUUUCUUUGGACCAGAUGUUCCGUGAACCUCCUAAGGGUUGUGCUCGCGUGGGCCUAAGCGCAGGCACAGGAAUUGGUGUGUCGUCUGCCCUGGUCAGCAAUCAGAACUCUAACAACGACAAUGACAACAACAAUAACCACCAGAAUAACAAUAAUCCAAACAUCCACCACAACAAUCACCAACACCCAAAUGACCAGAAUGAGGAGAAUGAGCUGCGGCAAGAUGGUCAAGCUGAAGAGCAGCAGAUUGCAGCUGAGGCACUGAAUGAGAUGGAGGAGGUGGCACAUGAAGAAGGGGUGGCUGCCGGACUGGGACAGAAUGAGGCCCCAGCUCACAACCAGGCUGUUGUUCCUAUGGAGGUCGACGAAGAGCAAGCAGGACCCAGUGGCAUUCAGUCCGUUGUAAAAGCAACACCUGUUACUGUCCACGAUUCAGACAGUGAAGAUGAGGAGGAAAACAUGGGGUCUUCAAGAGCCUGCAUCUCGAACAGCAUUGCACAGAGCUACUCAGACGGAGAAGAGAAGAGCAGAGAUCCGGUGGAAAGGAGAGAGACUUCAGUGAGCGGCAAAGGCAAGACGCCGCUGCGGAAGAGAUGUAGCGCCAGCCAGGCGGGGCAGCCGAAGCCGUUCCACGCCGAGGAGAGCAGCUGUGAGAAGGGCUGUCAAGUAACGAGCGAGCAGAUUAAAGCGGACAUGAAAGCAGCAAGUGACAUGGCCGAAAGGAACAAAAGCAAAGAUUCUUACCCAGGUUGUAGUAACGCUACAGGAUCAACGGGAACAUCCAGCUCCUGCGGUGCUGUUCCUCCCAGCCCUGACUGCGCACAGGCGGCCAACAGCCCCUGUGCUGGGGCUGAAUCUGGGCGCUGUGUCUGCUCGCCUUGUCAACACCGAGAUUCCAGCAGGAGAGACGCUGAGGAGAGCUCUGGUUGUUCCAGGUGUUGCUGCUACAAGCCGCAGGAUGCGCAGCAGAGGACUAGUGGGUCUUGCGAUGCGGAGUGUCCGUCCACGAGCGGAGCCUGCAGGAAUGGACCAAACAGCGCUGCUGCUGAUUUUGCACUUAGGACUCUGCCCAGCUGUGGGCCUGCAGGAGGGCCGAGUGACGAGAGGACUAGUGGGGGUGCCUGCGGGCCCGCCAGGGACGAGGAGAGCACGGGCUCGCAGCCACGGGGCUGGGAGAUGGAGCUUAAAGAAGAGUAUCCUCGGCGACCACUAACGAGAGCUAGAAGCAAACUGUCCCGGGUCCCUCUGGUGUCCGAGUCAGAGGUGGCCAAGCCAAAGCCACGGCAAACCACAAAGCGGAAAAGGACAGCGGACAAGUCCACGAGCACGAGUGACCCGGUUAUUGAAGAUGAUCAUAUUCAAGUUCUGACUUUGAAAUCCAAAAACCUUGUUGGAAUCACCUUGACCAACUGUGGAAUAACAGACUUGGUACUGAAAGACUGUCCCAAAAUGAUGUUCAUACAUGCUACAAGGUGCCGUGUAUUGAAACACUUAAAAGUGGAAAAUGCACCGGUCGUCAAUCGGUUUGACUAUGCGCAGUGCAAGAAGUUGAACAUGGAUCAGGUUCUGGAUCAGAUUCUUAGGAUGCCACCGGAAAGAAACCGGAUCAUUUACCUUCGUCCAAUGCAGCAGGUUGACACGUUGACUCUUGAGCAAAAGAUAUUUAGUGGCCCUUACCCAUACCAUAUUUGCAUAAUUCAUGAAUUCAGUAACCCCCCUAAUGUCCGCAACAAGGUGCGUGUUCGGAGCUGGAUGGACACGAUAGCGAAUAUCAACCAAGAGCUCAUUAAAUACGAGUUCUUCCCUGAAGCUACACGAACUGAGGAAGACCUGAAGAAAUACACUAAGUACCCUUGGGGACGAGAUAUUUACACUCUGGAAGGCAUUGUGGACGGUGCCCCAUACUCCAUGAUCACCGACUUCCCCUGGCUGAGGUCUCUGAGAACAGCCGAGCCAAACAGCUACGCUCGCUACGACUUUGAGGAUGAUGAGAGAACUACUAUUUACGCACCGCGGAGAAAAGGACAAUUGUCCGCGGACAUCUGCAUGGAGACAAUAGGAGAAGAGAUCUCGGAGCUGCGGCAGAUGAAGAAGGGCGUGUUCCAGCGGGUGGUCGCCAUCUUCAUCCACUACUGCGACGUCAACGGGGAGCCCGUGGAUGACGAUUUCAUCUGAGCGGCCCCCGCCCUGACCCCGUCUCCUGCGGAGCCGCUGGGCGCUGCCGCCCGGGGACACGCGUGGAUCCUUUGGGAACGCAAAGCGUUUUCGUGAAACACAUACGUAGCGGUUGCUCUCGCACGGUUUGGAAAAGAAUAUGUAGUAAAUGUAUAAUGAAAAGUAAAAAUUGUAUACUAAGAUUUGUACAUAGAGGAAACAAAAGAAAAACUUCCUAAUACUGAGACUUUAUUUCAUAUGUUUAUACAAUUUAAUUUAAAUUCCAUUUUAAUGAAGGCCAAUAAUUAGGAACAGGGAAGAAUAUUUUAAUUUUCACCCCAUACAAUUCAUAGCAGUAUUUUUUUUCUUAUGAACGAAAUCCCAUUUGCUGUGUUCAAAAGAGUCACCAGAGUCUCUUUUAAUCUGUGCCUUUUUCUUGAGCAUUUAAGAGUCCGGUCUGAGUAAACAUGUUGAGCACAA